GGAGUCUUACCUUCACCUGCUGUAUAAAAGAAGGAGAACUCACUCUUUUCCUCAGUCAAAUCACAGGAUUCCAACAAAAUGGCCCUCAAGGUAUUCGCACUCCUCGCCCUCGUGGCCGUUGCCGUCGCCAGUCCUCAAACCUACGGCUACGGUGCUCCUGGUCCUGAUUUCGGACCAGCUAAGUACGACUUCAACUACGCCGUCAACGACCCACCCUCUGGCAACGACUUCGGCCACCAGGAAUCUCGUGAUGGAGACUUCACACAGGGUUCCUACUACGUCCGCCUUCCCGAUGGUCGCCUGCAGACAGGUCAACUACAACGUGCAAGGAGAUUCCGGCUUCGUGGCUGAGGUCAGCUACGAGGGUCAGGCCCAAUACCCAACCCAGCCACGUGCCUACACACCUGCCCCUACCUAUGGUUAAACGAUAUUAAUUACGAUAUUUAUUGAAAUAGAAAAUUGUAAAUAUAAGUCUAGUGAUUGCAGGCACAUUGAUAUAAUGUUCGCUGUCUUUAUAAUCAACUCUUUCGAUCAACUUUAGGUAAUAUGAUAUUCCAUCUGUAAACUUCCUCUAGCACUUGCUAAAUGAAUGUUGUUUUGUUACUUUGAACGAAAUGACGAUAACAAAGAAACCAAGUAUGUAUUUAUGUCUAUUCCAGUAAAUCAAACUAUAUAUA